GCGGGCACCUCCUUCGGGCACCUUAAACACUGCACGCAGAGAGAGAAACAAGAGAGAGAAAGAGAGACAACAACAGGAUAAUCGAAACGCUGCACACACAGAGAGUGUUGUGAGAGUGUUCAGAGAGAGAGAGUGGGCAUAAAAAAAGUCGAAGAGAAAAAAAACGAAGCAAAACUCGAAUAUGGUGUCGAAUCUAUUGAUAAUCUUUCCCUUUUUGUGAUAGGAUGAGAUCGGCGCUCGAUUUGUAUUCGUUUGAUGCAAUCUUUGCUGAAAAUGGUAUAGAUUUUGGCCACAUUCGCUUUGGACUGUGGUUUUGGGAGGGUUUAGGGUUUAUGUGAUGUGAGUUUGGAUCGGUGGAGGAGAUUGAUGAAGAAGUAGAUGAAAGGUAGAGAGAGAAAACAAAGUAGUGAUGGAGCGAGAGAUCGCUGUUUCGGUUCUGAUAUGGUUGGUCAUGGUGGUUCAUCCUCUCUCAAUGAUUUCUGCUAAUACAGAAGGUGACGCUUUGCAUAGCCUACGAACCAACUUACAAGAUCCUUACAAUGUUCUGCAGAGUUGGGAUCCUACCCUUGUAAACCCUUGUACAUGGUUUCAUGUUACAUGUAACAAUGAAAAUAGUGUUAUAAGAGUUGAUCUUGGAAAUGCAGCAUUAUCUGGUCAAUUGGUCCCUCAGCUUGGCCAGCUUAAAAAUUUACAGUACCUGGAGCUUUAUAGUAACAACAUAAGUGGAAUCAUUCCUAGUGAUCUAGGGAAUCUGACUAACUUGGUGAGCUUGGAUCUGUACAUGAACGGUUUCACUGGUCCCAUACCAGACACAUUGGGCAAGCUGACAAAACUGCGGUUCCUCCGGCUUAACAACAACAGCCUCUCCGGUCCAAUUCCUCUGUCCUUGACUAAUAUUAGUGCACUUCAAGUCUUGGAUUUAUCAAACAAUCGCUUAUCGGGACCUGUUCCAGACAAUGGCUCGUUUUCAUUAUUCACUCCCAUCAGUUUUGCUAACAACUUAAAUCUAUGUGGACCGGUGACUGGGAGACCCUGUCCUGGAUCUCCACCAUUUGCUCCACCUCCUCCAUUUGUCCCACCAGCAACAAUUUCUUCUCCAGGAGGAAAUAGUGCCACUGGAGCAAUUGCUGGAGGAGUAGCUGCUGGUGCUGCCUUACUGUUUGCUGCCCCAGCAAUUGGUUUUGCGUGGUGGCGCCGGAGGAAACCACAAGAACUUUUCUUUGAUGUACCUGCCGAAGAGGAUCCAGAAGUCCACUUGGGGCAGCUCAAAAGGUUUUCUUUGCGAGAACUACAAGUUGCAACUGAUAGUUUUAGCAACAAAAACAUACUUGGAAGAGGUGGAUUUGGUAAGGUGUACAAGGGACGUCUAGCUGACGGUUCACUGGUUGCAGUGAAAAGGCUCAAAGAAGAACGCACCCCAGGUGGAGAGUUACAGUUUCAAACAGAAGUAGAAAUGAUUAGUAUGGCUGUGCAUCGAAAUCUUUUGCGACUACGCGGUUUUUGCAUGACACCAACUGAGCGGCUACUUGUUUAUCCAUAUAUGGCCAAUGGAAGUGUUGCUUCGUGCUUAAGAGAGCGCCCACCUUCAGAACCACCACUUGAUUGGCCAACUAGGAAGAGAAUUGCAUUGGGAUCUGCUAGAGGGCUCUCUUAUUUGCAUGAUCAUUGUGACCCAAAGAUUAUUCAUCGUGAUGUAAAGGCCGCAAAUAUUUUGUUGGAUGAAGAGUUUGAGGCUGUGGUAGGUGACUUUGGGUUGGCUAAACUAAUGGACUACAAGGAUACCCAUGUUACAACUGCUGUACGUGGCACCAUUGGGCACAUAGCCCCUGAGUAUCUCUCUACAGGGAAGUCAUCAGAGAAGACUGAUGUUUUUGGUUAUGGGAUUAUGCUUUUAGAGCUAAUAACUGGACAGAGGGCAUUUGAUCUUGCUCGGCUUGCAAAUGACGACGAUGUUAUGCUGCUAGAUUGGGUUAAAAGCCUUCUGAAAGAGAAGAAGUUGGACAUGCUAGUUGAUCCUGAUCUGCAGACCAAUUAUGUGGAAGCUGAAGUAGAGCAGCUGAUACAAGUGGCACUACUCUGCACACAAGGCUAUCCAAUGGAACGGCCUAAGAUGUCGGAGGUUGUCAGAAUGUUGGAAGGUGAUGGUUUGGCAGAAAGAUGGGAGGAAUGGCAGAAGGUGGAUGUCCCAAAUGAUAUUGAACUCGCCCCACAUCGGAAUUCUGAAUGGAUUCUCGACUCCACUGAAAAUCUUCAUGCUGUCGAAUUGUCUGGUCCAAGAUGACCUAAAGAAUAAGCAAAGAAUGAAAUUAUUUUCCUUUACUUCUUUUUUUUUUUCCUCCCUUUUUCUUGUUUUAUUACCUUUUUUUACCCCCCUUUUGUUAGCCCAUCAUGUAUUUUAUAGCAUUCGUCACAAUAUGUGCAUAUGAAUUGUAGUCCAGAUUAAGCACUGUAGCAUUCUUGAUGAUGCUGUAAUUUUCAAAAGUUUGUGCAGUGUGCCAUGGGCAUCAAGAGACUCAAACAUGGAAAAGUUUGUGUCUAACACACCCCUUUAAUCUGUAACCUUAACUUUGAUGUUUUAUGGUAUGUGUGAGAUAUGACUAAUGUAUUUGUAUUUUACAGAAAAUU